AAAAUACAAUCAAUAUUUACACUUAUUAAGAAAAGCAUGAAUCCUAUUUUAUCCCUCACCAUUUCCUUCUUCCUAUUUGCUUUUAUCACCAAUCUUUCACCAAACAAUGCUGCUAAACAAGUCUUAGACAUACAUGGUACCCCCCUUAUCCCUGGUAGCCAAUACUACAUUUUUCCAGCUAGUGAAAACCCUAACAGUGGAGGACUAACCUUAAACAAAGUUGGUGAUUUAGAAUGUCCAGUAACUGUCCUACAAAAUAAUGCUAUGAUAGGUUUACCAGUUAAAUUCACCGUCCCAGAAAACAACACCGGUAAUAUCUUGACUGGUACCGAUCUUGAGAUUGAGUUUACUAAGAAGCCUGAUUGUGCUGAAUCAUCAAAAUGGUUGAUGUUUCUUGAUCAUAAUACUCAACUAAGUUGUGUUGGUAUUGGUGGUGCAACAAACUAUCAUGGUAUAGAAACAAUAAGUGGCAAAUUCUUAAUAGUGAAACAUGGAUCUGGUCAUGUUUAUAGGCUUGGAUUUUGUUUGGAUGUAACUGGUGAUUGUGGUUAUAUUGGACUUCAAAUGUUCAAUUCUGAAGAAGGUGGAUCACGUUUGUUUUUGACUGCAGUUGAUGCUUAUUCUGUUGUAUUUGUUGAUGCUAAUGGAAAUAGUGCUUUGUCUAUUUAGUAUGAGUUCUAAUAAAUAAUUGGAGUACUUGUAAUGUAUUCCUUUCUUAAUGAAUAAUAACUACACUUGCUUUUGUGUAUUUGAUGA